UCGGUUUGCUCAGCCAAUGAUGUACGAGUUGUUAUUAGUCAACAAAUGCAAGUCAAUCCACUCGUAGACGUUCAACGUGUUGUCAAAUUUUAGUGUGUCAUCAGUUCUUAAAGGGCUUUAGAAAUGGCACAAAAUGUCCUGGAACACCAACUGCUUGAGGCAACGAGGGUUAUGGAGCAGCAAGUGGAUGCUGAGAUUGAAAAGUUAGAUCGUAUGGAUGAUGAUGAUUUUGAUAAACUCCGCGAAAAGAGACUGGAUGCUAUGAAGAAAGCCCAAAAACAAAAACAAGAAUUGCUAGCCAAGGGUCAUGGGAAAUAUUAUGAAAUAGCUGCAGAAAAGGAAUUCUUUGAUGAGACCAAAAGAAGCAAGAAAGUUGUGUGUCAUUUUUACAGAGACAGUACAUUCAGAUGCAAAAUUGUUGACAAACACUUAGAAAUUCUGGCUCCCAAACAUGUGGAAACCAAGUUUAUAAAAAUCAAUGCCGAGAAAUGUCCCUUUUUGAUAGAAAGAUUAAGAAUAGUUGUCAUGCCAACAAUAUGUAUUGCUGUUGAUGGCAAAACUUCAGACUACAUUGUAGGCUUUGAUGAUCUGGGCGGAACAGAUGAUUUUCCCACUGAAAUGUUGGAAUGGCGAUUGGGGCGUGCUGGGGCGAUUGAUUACCAGGGAGAUCUGCUGAAUCCCCCAGAAAUAGGAGCUAAAAAGAAAGGGGGGAUCUUAGGAUUCAGCAAAACAUCAAAAACAAUUAAAGGGCGGGAUGACGAUGCCAGCAGCGAUGAAGAUGACUGGUAAUUAUGUAAAGGGCGGGAUGACGAUGCCAGCAGCGAUGAAGAUGACUGGUGAUUGUGUAUUGACUGUGUUCACUUCAAAGUUGACUCGUCGAAAUUUCUUAUAAAUGUCAUAGAAGUUUUUAUCAUUGAAUAAAAGCAUAAAUCACUUAG